AAUGUUAUACUGACUUCUUCAGAGAAGACUUUGAUGUGAAAGCUUACACUUCCCAGUCUAUCCAUCAGGCUGUGAUAGCUGAGCAACUAGCAAAACUUGCCCAAGGUAUUAGUCAGUUGGAUAAAGAGCUUCAUUUACAAGUUGUUGCAAGACAUGAAGACCUGUUGGCCCAAGCAACUGGAAUUGAGUCCCUGGAAGGUGUCCUCCAAAUGAUGCAGACUAGAAUUGGUGCUCUACAAAGUACUGUCGAUAGAAUUAGAGUCAAAAUUGUCGACCCCUACAACAAAAUAGUGUCUCGCACAGCUCAGCUAGCAAAACUUCAAGUAAGUU